CUCAACCACUGAGCCACCCCGGCUGGGCUCCUGCCCGUCUUUGUUGAGCACCUACUGUGUGCAGGCCGCAGGCCACUGGCUCCGCCCUCACGGCCUUUCUCUUCUGACCGAGCCCCCGCCCCCGCUGUUUCCUUGAUGAGAGCAGACCUGAGGCUCUGUCCUGUGCUCAGACCCCACACAACUGGGGCGCCCAGAGCGCGGGCACAGGGCAGCUUCCUCCACGCUUCUCCCACGCUGUCCACCUGCCCCUGCUGCCCUCCCCUGACCCAGCCACUGCAGCAGCGCCUGCCUGCUCAGGGCGCUGGUCCACGGGGGCGCUUGUCGGCACUUGUCACCCCUCCUGUCCCGCUCCCAAGCCCUUGGUCAACCACAUGGAGGUGGACUGUCCACUGUGCGGCUCAGUGACUGUUGGGGGGGGGCGUGAAUUGAAGGGUUUGAAAACUGACUGGGUCACGUCUCCCAGCCUCAGUAGCCUCAGUGACCUGGGCCAGGCCGAGCCCCUCCCUCCUGACCUGUUGGCCCUGCUCCCCCCAGGCCAGGCCGCUGCCCUCAGCUGCCCCGGAGUCCUCACAGUUCCUAACAAGUAGUUCCUCUCGGUCCUCACUCACCUGAGGUCUGUCGCCGUCCACCUGCUGGGCUGCAGGCAGUUUGUGUGUGAGAAUAACAUUUGCUUUGAUUAAAAUCAUGGCCCAGAAGCAGUCUGUGUGGGUCUGUCCCCAGGGCACCUGGAGUCGUCAGAAUAACUGAUGUGGCACCAGGAGAUCCCACGGUGGGAGCACGUCGGGGGAACACGGCUCGGGUCGGAGCUGUGCCCAGGCCGGCACGUCGCUCUCAGGCUACGCGUCCGUCAGUGCCAGGGGGGAAAGGGCAGGCUGUGCUGGAGGCUCGGGCUCCCGCUGCCUCAGUUCAGGGCCACGCACUGCGUCCCAGGGGCUGGUGGAGAGGCCUGGGCCAGGGAACCAAGGGACCAGUUGCCCGGGCGACGAGGGCUGGCUGGGGCGGGACAGGUGCGGGCCUGGUGAGGGGCUCAGGGUCUGCCCUGCUUGCUCACGUCUGAGCACAGGUGACGAGCUGCCAAGAUCACGGUCAGAGGGGAGGGUGCAGGUCAGACCUGAUGGGUGGAGCGUGCCAGCCAAGGGGUCAUCAAAGCCGCUGCCCUGGCACCCCCUGCCCUGGCACCCCCUGCUGUCCGCGAGCUCCAGAGCCUUGGGCGGGUGGGCGAGGGGCCAGGCGGCUCUCCCUGCUCACACGCAGGCCCCACCCAGCCACCCCCUCCCUGCUGCUCCCAGGGGGUGGCAGGUGGGGACGCCCCUGAGUGGGGACAGGACCUCAGGGACAGCCCAGGGGAUGCCCAGGUCUUCGUGGGGGUCCAGAGAGUCUUAGAGCCGUAACUGGGUGCCUGGGGGCUUCAUGCUGGCUUGUACUUUAGUUCAGAGAGAACUUGAGAAAUCCGGCCGAGUGGGGUUUGAAAGGGUUAUAAUUCUCGGUCAGUUUCAUUUUCUUUGCUGUAGUUAAUGCUGCCCGAGGAGUGACCUUAGCAGGUGCAGGUGCCUGUGGCCUAUUGAAUGUCGCGUCCCCGGUACAUCCCUGCGGGUCCUGAAAGGCCGAGAGUAAACCCAGGACGCGGAUGGAGGGGCGCCGCCUUCGAUUUAUUCCUGAUUCUGUGACCCCGAGGCCAGGAGGGAGGCGGCGAGAGCCCAGGGCAGAGGCCAGGGUCCCCCCACGGACCCACCACCAGUGGAGGCGGACCCUCGGUUUGCAGGCGUCUCGGGAAGCCACAUAGGAAAUAAAGACGAUGUUAAACCGCAGAACAGUGACAUCCAGGGCCUGGAGCAGAAGGGAGGAAGGAAGAGCUGCCAGAGGCUGGGAUGGAGCCCGGGGAGAGGAAGCGGCUCCUGUCGGCCUCCUCCUUGGAAGGAGACUGGAGAGAAGAAAACAAAUUAAAACGAGGAGACUCAUCUGCCUCCCCCAAAUUGGACAGAUACAAAAUGGCGAGACAGCUGACGGAAAAGGCAAUCAAGGACAAGAAGAUCUUCUCCAUCCACGGGCACUACCCCGUGGUGCGGGCGCUGCUGCGCAGGAAGGGCUGGGUGGAGAAGAAGCUGCACUUCCUGCCCCGGAUCUCUGUCAGUGCCGACGGCGAAGGCGAAGGGGCCGCUGAAAGUAAACGUCCUGAAAGCAAAGAAAGCCAGGAAGCGGCCUUCGAGGAAACGGACGACAUCCAUGACGUGAUGUCCAGGUUGGUGCGAAACGAGGUCCCCUACUUCCUCUGGACGAUCAAAAGGGACUCCAUCGACUACCACAGCCUGAGCGGCGACCAGAUGCUGAACCACUUCGGCCGGACUGCGUCUCUCCGUGUCCCCGGGUGCCGCUCCCUGUGUCCCCGGGUGACCCUCUCCGUGUCCCCGGAUGACUUCCGGCGCACGGCGGCCUCCAGCAUCCUCAAGUGGGUGGUCAGCCACCAGCACUGCCCCAAGAGCCAUGCCCAGAGCAGGCCCAAGGAGGCCCAGGACUCGGACCCCGGCAGCCAGAAAGGCGUGUGCUCCGGGUGCCAGCGGGGCCUAAAGACCCAAGUCUACAUUCGGGGCCCCAGUGUGCACGCCCCCCGGCCAGGAGCAGCCUCGCUGCUGCGGAGCCCCAGCACUGCCCUGAGGCCCUCCGUGCUCUCUGCCUUUUGCAGUGGCAAGGCCUUCAUCUCCAAUCCAAGAAACCACUUUUCGCAGUGCCAGGCUCUGCUGAACAGGAUCUCCUCAGCGAGUCCGCAGACGGAGAUCGACGGGCUUCGGAACAUCUGGAUUGUCAAGCCCGCGGCCAAGUCCCGGGGCCGGGACAUCGUGUGCAUGAACCGCGUGGAGGAGAUCCUGGAGCUGGUGGCCUCGGACAACCUCUUGGCCAAGGACAAGUGGGUGGUGCAGAAGUACAUCGAGACGCCACUGCUCAUCUACGACACCAAGUUCGACAUCCGGCAGUGGUUCCUGGUCACCGACUGGAACCCCCUGACCAUCUGGUUCUACAAGGAGAGCUACCUGCGGUUUUCCACGCGGCGCUUCUCCCUGGACGACCUGGACGGGGCCAUCCACCUCUGCAACAACUCCAUCCAGAAGCACCUGAAGAUCGACAAGGGCCGCAGCCCGCUGCUGCCCUACCACAACAUGUGGACCAGCGCGCGCUUCCAGGAGUACCUGCAGAAGCGCGGCCGCGGCUCGGUGUGGGGCAGCGUCAUCUACCCCGCCAUGAAGCAGGCCAUCGCCAACACCAUGAAGGUGGCCCAGGACCACGUGGAGCCGCGCAAGAGCAGCUUCGAGCUCUACGGCGCCGACUUCAUCCUGGGGCACGACUUCAAGCCCUGGCUGAUCGAGAUCAACUCCAGCCCCACCAUGCACGCCUCCACGCCCGUCACGGCCCAGCUGUGCGCGCAGGUGCAGGAGGACACCAUCAAGGUGGUGCUGGACCGCAAGGGCGACCGCAGCUGCGACGUCGGCACUUCGAGCUGCUCAGUCUGCUGUGGACCUGCCGCCGGUCUACGGGUCUGACCUCUGCGUGGAGGGCGUCAGCCUGCGGAAAGGCAAGAAGCAAAUGCCGCCCAUCCCCCACUUCAGAUUCUCCCCCUCGCUCCGGGACGCGCAGCCGCUGAAGGCCAG